AUGGCAACCACGAAGGGUCUGCCCGAGCUGGAGAAAUCCAAGGCCAACAGAAGUACCGCAGGUCGUCGAGUGUUUGAGGAUGGCACGGACGCGAUCCGAAAGGAAGGCCGCGUGUUUCGCCUCAGCCGCGAGGUCGAAGCCAUGGAGUUUGUCGCCAGCCGCACAUCGAUACCAAUUCCUCAGAUCAUUGAAACGCACCUGGACGCGGAGCCGACUUCUGCAGGACGGAGCCCCUUGGGAUGGAUCCUCAUGAAACGCAUGCCUGGCCAGAAUCUUGGCGAAGCCUGGUCGACCAUGACCGAAACUGCUCGCGAACGGACAGAGAGCCAACUCAAGUCCUACAUACAUCAAUUGCGUCAACUGCCCUCGCCCCGUCCUGGUUAUAUCUGCUCAUGCUCUGGAGGGCCCGCGUACGAUCAUCGUAUCACCAACAUGUCAACCUGUGGGCCGUUUGCUACCAUCGGCGAGUUUCACGACUCCCUCGUCGCGCCAAUCAAAGACAGCCCACGCCCGGAAUGGGCUGAGAAAUACCGAAAGCUCCUGCCAGAUACGCAUUCGGUGGUCUUCGCGCAUGCAGACCUUUCAUGGGAGAACAUUCUCGUUGACGCUGAGUCUGGCGACGUUACCGCUGUGCUUGACUGGGAAAUGGCGGGCUUCUGGCCCGAGUGGUGGGAAUACAGAAAGGCCCUGUACGGUUCGCGGUCCCAACGGUGGUGGAGAGACGUGCUCAGCAAGAUUAUGGACAAGUACGACACCGAGACAGAAGCAGAUAUGGACGUCGAGAUGUAUUAG